AUUAUGGCUCAGGGCAAGAGUUCCCCCACCAGUGUCCCGAAGCAGGGGAAUAAACUGGACAAUAUGCUGGGAAGUCUGCAGUCAGACCUCAACCGACUGGGUGUCCAGACUGUUGCCAAAGGCGUUUGUGGAGCUUGCAAAAAACCAAUCGCUGGCCAGGUGGUGACCGCAAUGGGUCGGACGUGGCAUCCGGAGCAUUUUGUGUGCACUCAGUGUCAGGAGGAAAUCGGCUCCAGAAAUUUCUUUGAGCGGGACGGUCAGCCAUACUGUGAAAAGGACUAUCACAGCCUCUUCUCUCCUCGCUGUUACUACUGCAGCGGACCCAUUCUGGACAAAGUGGUGACCGCAUUAGACAAAACUUGGCACCCGGAGCAUUUCUUCUGCGCCCAGUGCGGGUCAUUCUUCGGGCCUGAGGGUUUUCAUGAGAAGGAGGGAAAGGCGUACUGUAGAAAGGAUUACUUUGACAUGUUCGCCCCUAAAUGUGGCGGCUGUGCUCGUGCCAUCCUGGAAAACUACAUCUCUGCCCUCAACUCUCUCUGGCAUCCUGAGUGUUUUGUCUGCAGGGAGUGUUUCACUCCAUUUGUCAACGGCAGUUUCUUCGAGCAUGAAGGGCAGCCGUACUGCGAGGCUCAUUAUCACGAGAGACGCGGCUCGCUCUGCUCCGGCUGUCAGAAACCCAUCACCGGCCGCUGCAUCACCGCCAUGGGCAAGAAGUUCCACCCCGAGCAUUUCGUCUGCGCCUUCUGCCUUAAACAGCUCAACAAGGGCACAUUCAAAGAGCAGAACGACAAGCCCUACUGCCAAAGCUGCUUCGUCAAGCUCUUCAGCUAGAGUGCUGAUGUGUGUUUAAACACACCCCAUACGAGAGAGAGCAAAUAGCGUCACCUUGUGGCGGUAGUGAGCAUUACACCAGCUUGUCCUUGUGCCAAAACACUGUCUGACUAAGUGUAGAUCUUCAGGGAAGCAUUAGGAUUUUGUUAACAGCAUUUUUUCAUCCAAAAAAAGCCCGCUUCUCCUGGAUCCAGCCUAAAUUUGAUCCUUAAAUUGCGUAUUUUAGAUAUUAUCGACUGCAUCUGACAAAUCGAGAUCUAUUUUUGUACUUGUUUUACACACAAACACACACAGCUGAACUUGAAUACAUGUAUGCACACAUCUCUUUGCACAUUUCUAGUUUUAUUUUCUCGCUGAUUUUGUUUUAGCUUCUUCCUCGGCUGUAUCAUGUCUUUUUUCUCUUAAAGGUGCAAUAAUAUCAACUGCUUGGCAUCAUUUUAGAGUACUUUUGGUUCUCUGAGAGUCUGGUCAGCUCUGAUUUUCGCAUUAUAAAGUGCGCUCUUUCACUUUUAAUGUCGAUGUUUGUUUCUUUUUUUAUAUUUGCUGGGUGGUUUAUGUUUGUUCUGUCUUCAUAAGAGUUUGACCGUCACUUCUGCUGUUUUCAUACAUGUUUUAUUAUUACAAAAAGCCUUCUUGGAGAUGCCGGUCUUCCUCAUGUGGCGCUCCACAAUGUGCCUAUUGCCACCAGGCAUAUUUCGCAUUUUAAUUAUGGUUAUUUUUGUCUUAAUGCCUGAGGUUGAUACACAUUUCCCCCUUUUCCACUUAUUUGAUUUCCUACUGUAUGCAAGUAAAUAUAUUAAAGUCUUAUGAAUGAUAGUUGAUGGCGACUUUGAUUUGUUCA